AUGCAGAGUCAAAUGUCUACAUUUCUUCCCAAGUAUUUACACCAGGAAGAAGUUGUGGCACAAGAAUAUAAAGACCUAAUACUUUCAUUGCCCAAAGAAAGUGGAUGGGUUGCCUCUUCUCUCUACAAAUAUCAAGGCUUUUGGCACCCGGUCAGGCACCUUCAAGGGAUCAUUACAUGUCAACGACAUUUCCAGGCUCGGGAUUCUGAUUUUAUUCUUGUUACAACUCCCAAAUCAGGGACGACCUGGUUGAAGGCAAUCGUGUUUACCUUAAUGAAUCGAAUGCAAUACCAUAUUUCACAAGAUCACCCUUUACUCAGCAAAAAUCCGCAUGAUCUUGUGCUAUUCUUGGAACAUAGACUCUACGUUGAUAAUCAAAUCCCUGAUCUUUCCUCCAUGAAUUCUCCCAGGCUGUUUGCAACCCAUAUACCAUUUUCUUCCAUCCCGAAAUCUAUGAAGGAUUCUGGAUGUAAGCUUGUCUAUCUGUGUAGAAAUCCUAAGGACACUUUUGUGUCCAUGUGGCAAUUCUGUAACAAGUUAAGGCCACAGGAAUCGGGAACUCAUUCACUUGGAGAAACUUUUGAUAUGUUCUGUAGAGGAGUGAGUAUGGCUGGACCCUUUUGGGACCAUGUUUUAGAUUAUUGGAAAGAAAGCAGGGAGAAUCCUCACAAGGUAAUGUAG